AACACUUUUUAAACGCAGAGAGUCUGGGAUCAGACACUAAAUCGCCCUUCAUAGAUCACACCGGUAGUCCGGUACCGGCCGGUGGUACACAAAAUACAUCCGGUACAGGAUUUCCAGCUGAAGCGAUCAACGUCAGUGCGAAAAUGGCACUUACUUUCGGGAAAUCUUUUCGGGUUUAUCAUAAGUUAGAGCCACCGUAUUCCGUAAUCUUGGAGACCAGAAAAAGACAAGAGACCCUGCUCUUCGAAUCCGACGCAGUGGCUGUUUUAAGCCAGGCAGAAACCGAAACACUGAAAAGACAGUAUCAGAAAUUGAUGGACGGAUAUGGAUGUCUUGGAGUUCUUAAACUAAACAUUGGAGAGCAGACUGUGCUAUAUUUAGUCAUCGUUACCGGGUGUGUCUCCGUCGGCAAGGUGGGGUCGUCAGAAAUCUUCCGCAUCACGGCGACGUCCUUCAUCUCACUACGACGCGACCCUGGUGACGAGGAACGCAUCACUGAGGUUAGGAAGCUACUCAGCUCUGGGACGUUCUACUUCGUCUGGUCGUCAUCCUCCCAACAAGCCCAGUUUGAUUUGAGUCUGUGUGCUCAGCGUCAGAAGCAAGACCACUCAACUGACAACAGAUUCUUCUGGAAUCGAACCCUGCACUUGCAUCUCCAGCGCUAUAAUGUCAACUGUUCCGAUUGGCUGCUUGUCAUCAUGUGUGGGGGUGUUGAGAUUCGAACCAUCUACUGCGGCACGCGACAGGCCAAGGCUUGCCUCAUAUCACGGCUUAGCUGUGAGAGAGCUGGCACGCGAUUCAACGUCCGUGGGACUAAUGACGACGGUCAGGUUGCAAACUUCUGUGAAACUGAACAGGUGAUUUUCCUGGACGAUGUGAAUGUCUCCUCAUUCGUCCAGACCCGCGGUUCCGUACCUCUAUUCUGGGAGCAGCCAGGUUUGCAGGUCGGCUCACAUCGGGUCAAGAUGGCCAGAGGUUACGAAGCCUCGGCCCCGGCAUUUGAUAGGCACAUGUCCAUGAUUAAGACACAGUAUGGCGACCAGGCCAUCGUCAAUCUGUUAGGCAGCAAAGAAGGCGAGGACCUACUCAGCAAGGCAUUCCAGAAUCACCACAAGAAUUCUCCCCAUGCCCAGGACAUUCCCCACAUUCUCUUUGACUAUCAUCAGAUGUCACGCCAGCGAGAUUAUCUCAGGAUCCUGCAGACAAAAGUCCAGAAAUACCUGGAUGCCUUCGAGUUCUUCCACCUGGAAGGAGAAAAGACCAAGAAUGUGCAGACAGGCACCAUACGCACCAACUGCCUGGACUGCUUGGAUCGGACCAAUGCCGUACAAGCAUUCUUUGGCCUACUGAUGAUUCCCAGGCAGCUUGAAGCUUUCGGCUUGGCCAGUAAACCUCAGAUGCUGUCUCGUUUUGAGGAGGUCUACAGGACCAUCUGGGGUUUGAACGGAGAUCAUGUGAGUCGUAUCUACGCUGGUACUGGAGCUCUGGAAGGCCGGACCAGGGCUGGCAAGCUGAGAGAUGGGGCUCGUUCAGUCACUCGCACCAUCCAGAACAACUUCUUUGACGGCAGCAAACAGGAGGCCAUUGACAUUCUGUUGCUAGGCAACUCACUGGUAGGCGAGUUGGCAGAUAAAGCCGGUGCCCUCCUGCCCAAGAGUCAUCUUCAUGCUUCACCCAGCGUUCUACGCACCAUCUGUGAACGUGAAGAUGACAUCACAGACGCCAUGACACUCAGGGUUGGCGUGGGAACGUGGAACAUAAACGGCGGACGACACUUCAGGAGUAUUGCUUACAAGAACCAGUCCAUGACAGACUGGCUGCUGGAUAACCCUAAGGUCAUUCAGCAUACAAGACAAGGUUGUUCUGAGGAAGGAGCUGAUUUCAGUAAACCGGCAGACAUUUAUGCCAUUGGAUUUGAGGAAAUGGUGGAUCUGAACGCAGGAAACAUAAUCAAUACAAGCACGAGCAACCAGAAGCGAUGGAGCAUGGAAUUACAGAAGACGCUCUCCAGAAAUCACAAGUACAUCCUCCUCACAUGUGAACAACUCGUCGGUGUGUGUCUGUAUAUCUUCAUCCGUCCUCACCAUGCCCCUCAUAUCAGGGAAGUUGGCUUGGAAACGGUCAAAACCGGCAUGAAGGGUGCGGCGGGCAACAAAGGCGCUGUUGCUGUCAGGUUUCUGUUCCAUUCAACGUCGCUGUGCUUCGUCUGUGGUCACUUUGCUGCCGGUCAGUCACAGGUUAAAGACCGCAAUGACGACUACGCCGAGAUUACCAGGAAAAUCAUGUUCCCUAUGGGUCGGACGUUAGCGACUCAUGACUACGUCUUCUGGUGCGGAGAUUUCAACUAUCGCAUCGACAUGGACAAAGACCAACUCAAGGAGUUCAUUGCUCAGGAGAAUUACGAUGCUUUGAAGUCAUGUGACCAGUUGCUUCAGCAGAAGAAAGAGGGAAAUGUUUUUCAAGGUUUUCAUGAGGGCGCUAUACAGUUUGCACCGACCUACAAGUACGACCUCUUCUCCGACGAUUACGACACCAGUGAGAAGAAUCGCAGUCCAGCCUGGACAGAUCGCGUCCUGUGGAGGCGCCGUAAGCGACGAUUCCAAAAGAAGUCUGAAGGGGACGAGGCGUCGGAUUACUGCGAUCCAGGAAGAAUACUGCAUUAUGGGAGAGCAGAAUUGAAAGUGUCCGAUCACAGACCGGUUGUGGCAGCAUUAGAAGUUGAAGUCAGAAAGAUCAACGAUCAGAAAUGUUCCAGCAUCUACCACGACGUGGUCUUUGAGCAAGGGCCACCGGACGGUACGAUCAUCCUGACCCUGACUGCCCCAGGAGGAGUUGAAGCUUACGACUUUGAUGACGACGCGGUGGACCAUGUCUUGGAGAUGAUGGGUCACGUCGGGGAGGCCAUACUUGUCAGAUUUGUAGAGACGUGUAUGGUUGUUACAUUUAAAGAUGGCUUCAGUGCUCUGUCUGCAAGAAACCUGGAUGGAACAGAGAUCGGUGACAAGCAGCUUCAUGUGGCUCUGAGGACUGAGGACUGGGUGAAGCAAUUAGAGAAGGAAUUAGCCAUGUGUGCUCCCAACACAGAGCGACUGCACAACCCAGUCAGUAACAGUCUACUUGGGGAGAGCUUUGACAUUCCAUCCAUGAGUUUUGACAUGGACGAAGAGGAACCUGAAUCAGAUGAAGAUCCUGACGAAGGCCCCACCCUACCUGCUCCCCUUAUGCCUCAAGUGGUAACCUCACGCCCAAACACCCCUGACCCUGACUUGACCUCUGACCCCCAGCCAAAAUCUCGUCCAUCCAGACCGCCUCCUCCAAAUAGACCAGCCAACCCCCCCUCCAGACCCUCAGCUCCGCCUUCCAAACAGGCUCCCCCUACAAAGCCAGACAUAGCUCCACCCAUUCAGGAGACUCCAACAACAGACCUGGGCGUGGUUACAAAAGAAACAGCGGAUGUGACAUUCAGAGCUCCUCCCUCUCGACCACAAGCUCCGCCUCCUAGACCAGGGGCACCACCCCCUAGGCCAAACACAGUUCCUCCUAGACCAACCUCAAGCCAGCUAAGCAGAACAUCAAGCCUAGGGCCGACAAGUAGAAUCAGCAAACCAUUUGAAGUCAGCCAUAAAGCCCAUGCCACCUCAGAAGCCGAGGCUCUGAGACUUCUUCAAGACCUGGGGAUGGAUCUCCGUCCCUCAAGAACAGACAGUCCAACCUCCCAGCUCCUAGGGCAUCCUUCGUUAUCAGAGACCAACAUGCGACAGGUGCACAGCUCUGGGGAUUUGUUACAGACCGGCAGGGAACAGGGUGCGCUGCCGAGGAGAAACGCUAGCGAGGGAAACCUGGAAAGCCUGGACAACGACGUCAACGAGAAACUGAACGGAGGAUCCGGGAUACUGGCUCCAGUCCCAGUUCCUCGGCGUCCUGUACCCAGGCCAAGAAGCGCUGUUUUGUCGAGUACCAGUCUCGAUGGGGAGAGCAGGAUCGCUGAAACGGAGUCACCUCAAGAUGAGUUGGCAAAUGGAGGAGUCGUGGAUGUACCACCUCCCAUUCCCGCGACAAGACCAAGGAAAACUGGGAUGGAGGGGAGACGGGAAGUGAGUCUGGAUGCUGAUGGGAUAGAUGAUGCUGGAGAGGAGCUACCGAUGCCUUCCUUGCCCCCUCCCUCCUUGCCCCCACCCACUCUACCUCCUCCCUCCAUGCCACCUCCAUCAUUACCUCCGCCUCCAGUACCAAAGUCAAGACCGAUCAAAUCCUCAGCUGAGGACACAAAAUCUACAGAACAGGAAUUCCCAAAUGUAUCAGCUCCGCCACCUGUCCCACCUUCAAGACCUCAGCAACUAGCAACAGACAUGACUGAGAAGACUGGGCCUCCAGCUGGUCCUUCCAUCAGUCAACGAGGGAUGCUAGAAAACCCAGCGUUCACAAUGCUGAACGAGGAUGCUUUCUCAGCGCAAGCAAACAGCAAUAACAGCGCUCACACCGAAGGCACGGACAACAGACCCAGAAUACCGACACUCCCAGUGCGGAAAGCGCCCCCACUACCGGCACCACGUCCCAGCAUCGUGGAACCAGACAUGUCACUGUUAAGCAUGGAUGAGGAACCCCAAAUGCCCCAAGCUGCACCUCCUCCGCCCGUCCCCCCUAGCCGGCCAAACCGCCCCCUAACCAAAGAUAUUUCAAUGGGCGCGGGACCUCACGGUGGAUCUGGUGUCAGCACAUCCAGUCUUGCUACAGCGCCACCGCCAAUCCCAGCUAGGCCAAAGGUCAGUCCGCUGUAAAAUGUGUUAUCGUUUUGAAUCAAGAAGUUGACGUCCAAUGUGUUGGCUACAAUAUCUAAUAACAAAGUAAGUAAAAGUUAUUACCCCUGUUCAUCAGGCCAUGACACCAGUUUUCAGUGCUGUAGCACAAGAUCAGCACAUUCAGGUCUCUACCCCAUUAAUCCUCAUCAGUGAAGAGAUGUGAUUGUAGUUAAGUAUCUUGCCCAAGAACUUAUACACCAUGGACCCAGCACUCCUUACAGCAUUUGCCAAAUCUUGCCCCAAAGUAUUUUGUUGCCUCAUCUCUUUCUACCCCCCUCAUUCCACCCUCUCCCUACCACCCCUCCCCUUCACCACCCCCUCCCCAUU